AUGGCGGGUCCCUGUUUGGUUGCCCUUCGCUUUGCUAACAAGCUUGUGUCAAACCGCCCGUCGGGGAGCUUCUCUGGGAGCUCAAGCUUCGAGCUUCAGACGAACCCGCGUGCAGCUCCGAUGUUCAAUCGGGACCAUGCCCUAUUGGGAGCUUUGGUGAUACGAAGGACUCGGUGCAACGCGACAUUAGAAGGUCGAAGGUCGAAGGUCGACGGUCGACGGUCGACGGUGCGAAUAGGGAAAAUACAUAGGAAACGACAGCAAAGGGAGACCAUCGUCGGGAGCAACGAGCAAGGGAUGGAGAUGGAUCUUCGGAUCAUUUCUCAUCACACCAACCCCACUCGGUGGCUCGGCAUUCCUUGUCGUCGAUCAUCUUCCAAGAUUCUCUCUCAAAAACUCUUCACCGCUGCCGUCGCAUACAUCUAUCUGUACUAUCUGGUGUUUAUCAGCUGCACGUCGGGACGCCUCUCGGCCCUACGACGUAUGUUCCCCCGUUUCACUAGCGCACAUCUAGCACGAUCUGGUGAUGGCGACGAGUUGCACAGUCCGGUCCCUCCCAGUCAAGCGACUCGACUCGACUCGACUCGACUCGACUCGAAUCCAAAAGGGGUGGCUCUCGGACCUGACCUGACGCCAUCGUCGCCGACGCCGAUGCUGAAUGAUGAGCAAAGCUGCUGUUUCUCUCAGCCCGUGCCCAACAACCUUCGAACUAAGACAAAUCCCCGUCCUCGUCCCGUCCUCGUCCCGUCCUGUAUCCCGCCCAACACCGACGCAUUCCUCACGCUCUUUCGUACUUUUGUUUUCGUCCGACCCGGAGCCGACAGACCGCAAGCGGCACCGUUUCCGCAAUCCGUCCGCGAACGUGACAGACCCUCACAAGAGAGAGAAGGACGGGACUGGAAACCUUCUAGCGCAAGAUCAGAUCUUAAGACGUCCGUCCAGGUCGAGCUAGAAUAUCUGGAUUCGUCCCGUCCUGAUCGCGGUCAUCGCAUCAUCAUCCAUUCUCCCUCCCCCUCACCCCGCUUCCUUUCCACCCCGCCAACCCUCUCUCCCAAACUCUCUUUCGGGGCGAUCACACGCACCCUGCGCGGUGCUACCGACGGGGAAUAA